UGUUAACCUAAAGGCAGCAAAAGGCGCUUUAAUGUGUGUUACUAAUAUUCAAUCGAUAAAAAUGGCUACAUAGUUAAAUAACCGAAUAUAAUGAUUAAGAAUUAUCUCGAAACUCUAUCCUUAGCAUCUAAAUAUGAGGGGCGUAGAGUUUAUAGCAUUUAUUAUCUUUUUAAUGCGAAGCGCAAGUGGUUGGUCCUUUGGCUCCUGGAUUUUGCCUAAGGUAGACAGCUACAAUCCCUAUUGUUUCGUUAAAGAGUGCUGCAACAAAGAUUGGAUCAAUUUCGACAGAGAGAUGCUUAGUAAGAAUUUGAAGGGCAGGGUGUAUGGGCAACCUCUGGUUAACAACGUUGUGAAUGCGCUCGCCGCCCAUUUUAGCCCGCACUAUGAACCGAGGAAGGCUUUAACCAUCAGUUUCCACGGGUGGACAGGCGGCGGCAAAAACUACGUCGCCAAUUUUAUCGCCGAGAGUAUAUUCAGGAAAGGCGCAAAAAGUAAAUACGUGCAUCAGUUUAUUGGUCGCCUCCAUUUCAGUGAAGAAGCGAAAGUUGAACACUAUAAGCAUAAUCUGGUGCAGUGGAUCAAGGGUAAUGUCACAUACUGUCCACAACAAUUGUUCAUAUUCGAUGAAGUUGACAAAAUGAUCCCGGACGUUUUAAACGCCAUUAAACCAAUGAUCGACCACCGAGACAACAUCGAAGGCAUUGAUUACCGCCAGUGCAUCUUCAUUUUCCUGUCAAACACCGGAGCACAGUUAAUCAACGAGCACUACCUGGACAUGUACAAGGAGGGCCGUAAUCGGGAAGAGUUGGCCCUGGGAGACUUUGAUGAUUACAUAAAACGGGGCGCGUUCAACGAGAAAGGGGGAUUUUUCCAAAACGACAACAUAAAAAGUGACCUAAUAGAUCACUAUAUCCCUUUUUUGCCGCUCGAAGAGAGGCACAUACGUCUAUGCAUCAAGGACGAAUUCGUUUUGCGCCGUGUUUUGAAUCCUAGCGCGCAGCACAUAGACGCAGUGUUGAAAAUCGUGCAGUGGGGCCCCGAAGGCACUAAACUAUUUUCGAAGACCGGCUGUAAGCGGAUCGGGGCUCAGGUGGGGUUACUUACGGAACAGUACUACCGAAAAAACGAGUUGUAGCACCCGCAGAUUACUUUUUACCUAAUUUUUAAAUUAAAAUCUAUUUUUUAUGGGAGGUAUUUUUGUAAGGAGUCCAAAAUUUUCCUAAUAGCGUAGUUUGAUCAUCCAAUUGGAGGUUAUGUUCAAACCUGAUGUUAUUCAUUAAACUCGACACCAUAAACGCGGGAUUAAGUUGGGGGAAAGCGUUAUCGUCCCGGCCUUUAUGGUAUCCUAAUCGAAAGCUUUGUUCUUCCGAAAUCGAAUCUUCAAACGCCCGAUUGUACUUUUCUAAAGUGACGUGAACACUACGCGCCCCAGAGGGAUUUGCCAACUGCAGCGACCGCGCAUCCGGAACCCGAUCUUCAUCGUUCUGGAUCCCUAAUAUUCCGAAGAAUUUUCCGGUUCUAAAGGGGGAGAACGAUAAGCCCCCGAUUCGCAGUGCACAAAUUCUUCAAAAAAGGAACCCAUCGCCAAGCAAACAGAAGUUGUAGGAGGUGUCAUUUGCGAGGCGGCGGGGCGACAUCUCUUGGAUAUUACGUGUAAUGAAGACUUUGAUUCGUCGCCGUUAGAUGUCACAUCCUGUCGGGAAAUGAGUGCGAUUCUUUUCCCGUUGUACUUAGUAUUAUGGGUUGCAGAAUUUUUAUUCUCUUUUUUUGUCCGAUUGUGUUAGCACUUUGAACUGUGGUGUUAAAUAGAGUGAAAAUUUUAAAAAUAAAUA